CUAGCCUGAGUCUCGAGUCUGGAGUCGCGUCGAUCGCAGUCCGUAGUUCGCUAUUAAAUCGCGAGAAGUUCCCAACAGAGAAUACUUAGCCAUGGUCAAGACAUCCGCCAGCCUGGGAAAGAGCAUCUUGCUGGGAUUUGUAGUGUUCCUGGUUGUCGCACUGCUCACCGAGGCUGCGCCCUUCCAGGAGCUGGAGCCCCGCAAAGGUCAUGUGCCCGUCUACAUUCGACAUGGCGAUGAGCCGCUCAGCGAAAUCCAUCCAGGACUCGCCGAGGCCUUCAAGGAAACCGAAUCGAAGAGUCUCGUCACCGAAUCUCCCGAGGCGGAAACUACAAACCCACCAGCCACAUCCGAUGCUCCUGCUCCGACCAGCUCCACGGUAUCGGAUAUAGCCAGCUUUGAGGCCAUCAAAGGAAAAACGGAUUAAGGAAUUGAAUAAGUGCAGAGCUGCUGCUUAAACUUAUUUGUACGAGUUAAGUCCAUCAAACCAAUCAGCAUUGAAAUGCUAUAUACUUAAAUGCAAAAUAAAUAUUUAAAUAAGAA